AAUACAAUCCAUUCACGUGAAACUCAAAACUCCUCCUUUGAAAGUGGCUGAGUUUAACUCUGACAUAACAACACUGGCUGUAGUAGUCAGUAGCCCACUCUCCUAGUUCUACCACACGGAGGCUAAACAGUCGCGCAGACUCGGCAUUGUGGGAACUGGGAAACGCUGAGCAGGCUGUUAUCGGUGACAGUGGUCGGCGCGAAAAAACCGUGCUGCUUAUUCCAUCAAGACAGUCGUGUAAAGGACUAGGAAGACAAACUGUUUCCACACUCCAGGCAUUCAUGGCUGUGUGUAACGGGGAAUCCAAGGUGGACAUCAGUGGAGAGACGAAAGUCAACUCGUGUCAUUAUGAGGGAGCGGUGGUGAUCCUGGAUGCCGGGGCACAGUAUGGGAAGGUGAUUGAUCGACGUGUGCGAGAGCUUUUUGUGCAGUCAGAGAUCCUGCCUCUGGAGACGCCGGCAUUCGCCAUCGAAGAGCAGGGCUUUCGGGCCAUCAUCAUAUCUGGUGGACCUGCUUCUGUCUACGCUGAGGAUGCGCCGUGGUUCGAUUCGGCUAUAUUCAAGAUCGGCAAACCCGUCUUGGGAAUCUGCUAUGGCAUGCAGAUGAUGAAUAAAGUGUUUGGGGGCACUGUGCACAGAAAGUGUGCGAGGGAGGAUGGAGUGUUUCGCAUUGGGAUCGACAACUCCUGCUCUCUCUUCAGGGGCCUUCAGAAAGACGAGCUGGUUCUGCUCACUCACGGAGACAGUGUUGACAAAGUAGCGGACGGCUUCAAAGUUGUGGCUCAGUCUGGAAAUAUUGUUGCAGGCAUUGCCAACGAGCAGAAGAAAAUGUACGGCACGCAGUUUCACCCCGAAGUGGACUUGACGGAAAAUGGGAUGGACAUGCUGAAGAACUUCCUUUUUGACAUCGCUGGCUGCAGCAGCAACUUCACAGUGCAGAACCGACAGAUUGGCUGCAUUCGCGAGAUCCAGGAGAAAGUUGACAAGUCCAAAGUUCUGGUGCUUCUGAGCGGAGGAGUAGACUCGACAGUGUGCACAGCCCUUCUGAACAAGGCACUGAACCAGGACCAAAUCAUAGCUGUGCACAUCGACAAUGGCUUCAUGAGGAAACGGGAGAGCCAGAGUGUGGAAGAGGCCCUGACAAAACUGGGAAUCAACCUGAAAGUGGUGAAUGCAGCACAUACCUUCUAUAACGGCACGACGACCCUGCCCAUCUCCGAAGAGGACCGCACUCCCAGGAAACGCAUCAGCAAGACACUCAACAUGACGACAAAUCCUGAAGAGAAGAGGAAGAUCAUAGGAGACACAUUUGUCAAGGUGGCCAACGAGGUGAUUGGUGAGAUGAACCUGAAGCCAGAGGAGGUGUUCCUGGCCCAGGGCACGCUGAGGCCUGACCUCAUCGAGAGCGCCUCCAUCAUCGCCAGUGGCAAGGCCGAGGUCAUCAAGACGCACCACAACGACACCGAGCUCAUCCGCAAGCUCCGGGACGAGGGAAAAGUUAUUGAGCCGUUGAAGGACUUCCACAAAGAUGAGGUGCGAGCCCUGGGCAGAGAACUCGGACUCCCAGAGGAGAUUGUCUCUCGACAUCCGUUCCCAGGUCCUGGUUUGGCCAUUCGAGUUAUUUGCGCUGACGAGCCCUACGUCUGCAAAGAUUUUGCAGAGACAAACAACCUCCUCAAAAUCAUCACAGACUUCUCAGCCAGUGUCAAAAAGCCCCAUACGCUCCUCCAGAGGGUAAAGUCGUGCAUAUCAGAUGAGGAGGAGGAGAAGUUGAUGCAGAUCACCAGCCUUCAUUCACUCAAUGCCUUCCUAUUGCCUAUCAAGACAGUCGGCGUCCAGGGUGACUCGCGGUCGUACAGCUAUGUGUGUGGAGUGUGCAGUAAAGACGCCCCUCACUGGGAGUCCCUGAUGUUCCUCGCCAGGCUCAUCCCACGCAUCUGCCACACCAUAAACAGAGUCGUGUACGUCUUUGGGCCGCCAGUGAAGGAGCCACCCUCCGACAUCACCCCAACUUUCCUCACCACGGGCGUACUGAGCACGCUCAGACAGGCCGACUACGUGGCCCACUCCAUCCUGAGGGAGUCUGGCUACUCGCGUAAGAUCAGCCAGAUGCCCGUGAUCCUGACGCCGCUGCACUUCGACCGCGACCCGCUGCAGAAGCAGCCCUCGUGCCGACGCUCCGUCGUUAUCCGCACCUUCAUCACCAGCGACUUCAUGACCGGCAUCCCCGCCACGCCCGACAACCACAUCCCAGAAGAGGUUGUUAUGAAGAUGGUAAACGAGAUCAAAAAGAUCCCCGGCAUCUCCAGGGUAAUGUUCGACCUGACCUCCAAGCCCCCUGGAACCACCGAGUGGGAGUUUGACGCAGAGGCGAGUUGUAAACUGAAGGCCAAAUUUAAUUUGAAUGGCUACAAAAGUGUGGAGAAGAAAACUGUGGUGGUCGGUGGAAUGUUUUCUGUUCACAUGCGCCUCGCCUCUACAGGCGGCAACACAACAUCAGAACCUGUGUCAUCUGGAUGCGAAGGAUUCAACUUCCGUGCCUUCCGCUGGACACAGACCAUGCUGUUCGCCAUCAGUGAGAUAAACAAGAGUCCGGACCUGCUGCCCAAGACAGACCUGGGCUACGUCAUCUAUGACUCCUGCUUCACCAUCUCCAAGGCGGUGGAGGGCACCCUCACCUACCUGACAGGCCAGGACGAGGCCGUGCCCAACUACCGCUGCGGCUCUGGGGCCCCGCUGGCUGCUCUGGUGGGGGCGGGGGGCUCGGAUCUCUCCAUCGCCACGGCUCGCAUCCUGGGCCUCUACUACUUCCCUCAGGUGAGUUACUCGUCCUCCUGCUCGGUGCUGGAGAGCCAAUUCCAGUUCCCCACCUUCCUGCGCACCAUCCCCAGUGACGUGCACCAGUCGGCAGCUAUGGCGCGCCUGGUGCUGCACUUCGGCUGGACCUGGGUCGGCACCAUCGCCUCCGACGACGACUACGGCAAGUACGGCAUCAAGGAGUUCAAGGAGCAGGUGGAGGAGGCGGGCGUGUGCAUCUCCUUCUCCGAGACUCUCCCCAAGUCGGGCUCUCCAGAGGCCAUCCAGCGCAUCGUGCAGACGGUGGUGGAGUCCACGGCCAAGAUCGUGCUGGUCUUCUCCUCCGACGUGGACCUGGGCCCGCUGCUGGAGGAGCUACUCAGGCAGAACGUCACCAACGUCACCUGGAUCGCCAGCGAGGCCUGGGUCACCUCGGCCGCCAUCGCACGCUACCCGGGCGUGCAGCAGGUGCUGGGAGGCACACUGGGCUUCGGCCUGCACCGCGCCGACAUCCCGGGCCUGCAGCGCCAUCUGCUGGAGAUGGACCCAUAUGACCACCCGCUAGCUGAGGAGUUCUGGGAGCGGGCCUUCAACUGCACGCUGGACUACGGGCGUGCUCUGAGGAACGCUAAAGCCAGGGCAGCGUUGGCCGCGCAGGAGUCCGGUAAUACGACUGCGGCCCGGGCGGUGGCCAGAGCCGUGCCGGAGGGCCUGUGCUCGGGCCAGGAGUCCCUACAGCGGCUCAACAACACCUACACAGAUGUGUCGCAGCUCAGGCUCACCUACAGUGUCUACAAGUCAGUGUACGCUGUGGCCCAUGCCCUGCAUAAUCUGGAGGACUGCGAGCCUGGUCGAGGGCCCUUCGAGAAUGGCACCUGCGCUGACAUAAACAACUUUGAACCUUGGCAGUUGAUGUACUACCUGAAAAACGUCCAUUUCGAAGUCCCUCACACGGGUGAGAAGUUCCAGUUUAAAGACGGAGGCGUGGACGGCUUGUACGAGAUCAUCAACUGGCAGCUGAACGGGGAUGGAGAGGUCACCUAUGUGCCUAUUGGAUUCUACAACAGCUCAGCACCGGACGCGGCCAAGAUGACCAUCAACAACGCCUCCAUCAUCUGGUACAAUGGCAACCUGGAGGUACCGCGCUCCGUGUGCAGUGAGAUCUGCCAGCCGGGCACCAGGAAAGGCAUCAGACAGGGGGAGCCGGUGUGCUGCUUCGACUGCAUCCCCUGUGCCGACGGAGAGAUCAGUAACACCUCAGAUGCCAGAGCGUGUAUCCAGUGCAGUGAGGACGACUGGUCCAAUGCCAAUCGCGACACCUGUGUGCCGAAGACCAUCGAGUUCCUGGACUUCGGGGAGCCUCUGGGUAUCACGCUGAUCGUGAUCUCCGCGUUUGGGGCGCUGGUGACCAUCGUGAUCGGCGUGGUGUUCCUGGCGCACCUGAGCACGCCCAUGGUGCAGGUCAACGACCCCCUGCUCAGCUUCUUCCUUCUCUUCGGCCUGGUGGUCACCUUCCUCUGCUCCAUCGUCUUCCUCGGGGAGCCACAGCACUGGUCUUGCAUGACCAGCCAGGUGGCCCUGGCUCUGGGCUUCGCCCUCUGCCUCUCCUCCAUCAUGGGCAAGUCUGCCGUCCUCAUGCUCCGAGCGCGUGCCGCCAAGCAGGUCAGGUCUGCAGUCAAGGCGGCCGCCAAGGCAGCCAAAGCCGCCGCCGCUGCAGCUGCCGCCGCCGCCGAAUCUUCAGAGCAAGGCCCAGACGUGGUGCAGACGGCACCCGCAGCAGCAGCUCCGCCGGCCCCCAAGCCGUACGUGGACACUCUCCUUCCCUCCCACCAGAGGGCGAUAGCGGUGGUGUGUACACUUAUCCAGGCGGUGGCCUGCACGGUGUGGCUGUGUCUGCUGCCGCCACACCCGGUGAAGAACAUGGCCUCGCAGAACAUCAAGAUCAUCCUGGAGUGCGACCCGGGCAACGUGGUCUUCAUCAGCUGCGUCUUCGCCUACGACAUCCUGCUGGCGCUGCUGGCCUUCGCCUUCGCCUUCACCGCCCGCAAGCUGGAGGACCACUUCAGCGAGGCCAAGUCCGUCACCUUCGGCAUGCUGGUCUUCGCCAUCGUCUGGAUCUCCUUCGUGCCGGCCUACCUGAGCACGCGCGGCAAGUUCAUGGUGGCCGUGCAGAUCUUCGCCAUCCUGGCCUCCAGCUUUGGCCUGCUGGCCUGCAUCUUCCUGCCCAAGUGCUAUAUGCUGCUGGUCAAGCCCGAGAGGAACACCAUGGAGCUGAUGAGGCCGGGCGGCGGCGGGGGGGCCGCUGGCAAGGGGGGCGGCAAGGACACCAGCACCUCCGCCUCGCUCACCACCAGCAGCACUGACGUCAACGCCACCACCAUCUCCACUGUCUCUGCUGACUGA